CAAAGUGGUGCAAAGCGAAAAGCAUAAAUUCACAGUGAUUGCCAGAUUUCAUCCCAGGGGCGCAUUUUGUCAGCGUCACGUUUCCGGAACUAAUGUAAGUAAGCUUUCGGAUAUACGGAAUGUUUCGCAGAUGGACUGGUCCUACGGGGUAAUGUCUCCGCCCACACUCCUGCGGGAAUGGAUGAUGACACACCAGAGGAGGUCUUUGCUGAGCUCAAAACCAGGCACCUCGGAGGAUGGGGUGUUGCUCAGAUAGCUGCUGGCACUGGGCUUGCUGUAUAUGCUAUGUGGGUGGGAGUCCUCCAGCCAGGUUUCCGAAAAGUCCCUUUGAGGCUACAGGUCCCCUAUAUUCCUGCAAGCAAAGCUCAAGUAGAUAAUGUCAUGACAUUGUUGAGAGGUCGAAAGGGAGGCCUUGUGGAUUUGGGAUCUGGUGAUGGUCGCAUUGUCUUGGAAGCCCAUCGGCAGGGUUUCAGUCCUGCUAUUGGUUAUGAACUCAACCCCUGGCUUGUUCGCCUCGCUCACUUUCAUGCAUGGAGAGCAGGCCAUCACGGAAAAGUGUCGUACCGACGGGAAGAUCUCUGGAAGGUCGACUUGACAGAAUGCAAGAAUGUCACAGUGUUUUUGGCUCCUAGUGUGCUUUCAUUGUUGCAGGAGAAGUUGCAGGCUGAGCUUCCUGAUGAUGCGUUAGUUGUUGCUGGACGUUUUCCCCUCCCUGACUGGAAACCCUGCAGGAUUGAGGGCCAGGGUGUGGACCGAGCCUGGGCAUAUAGUAUGCAAACUCAAAGACGGCACACCUUCAGGAAAAAUGACAAGCUCACAGUCAUGGAUAGUGAUCUAGACAAUGAACUAAACAAGGAGAAAUCAUCCACUUGAAGCUACAUGGACUUCCGUAUAGUCUUUUUCCCUCCUAGAAUGAUAGCAGAAUUAUUAUAUAUCAUUAACAAAAUGCUUUUAAGAUUUAAAUAUCCUUCUCUGGAUAAGGACACUUUUAUUGAACUUGACUGUCUGAAUACAUAAUUAAAGACUAAACACUUUUUUAUUACAUCUGCAACAGAAUGUUUCCAACAAACUGUGUAAGGACAGGCGAUUGCUGCUUUUCACUCCACUGUGGCACUGAAAUGGAAAACCAUUUAUGCCCAGAUUCUCUCUUUUACAGUUUUUAUGGGCUGAUUUUUUAAGUUGUUAUCAGCAAUGUCUGAACCACUUUUAAAGGAGAAAUUCCUGAGCAAGGGUGUCUCCUGGAACACCUUUCCCUCUAGAUACCUGUAGAUUUUGUGGGGAUUACCUGGCUGGGGGGAGCAGACUUUUAAAUGUUCUAUCAUCUUUCGAUGUUUCUACUGUGAUAACCAUAUUCCACCAUGUAUUUAGUAUUUCUUGGGCCUAUAUAUUAUUACACAACUUCAGAGGACAUUUUGGAUUCCAUGGUGCAGCUUGUUUUGUACAGGUAUGAGGAACAAAACAUUUAAAUGCUUUGUGGAUGAUGGUCAAAGACUCUUAGUGCUGGGAAAAUGUCAGCAUGUGUGGAAUUUGGCUCCUUUUCUUUCAAAUCUCCAAUGUAGACCCCAUGGGGGCCAUAUUGUACAAAAGUUAUAUGCAGAAACAACAGUGUCCCUGUGUAUAGUGCACCCUUUGAUGCUGUGACAUACUGUAAUUACCUCUGUGUACAUAUUAUGGACAUGCAUUUGUCUUUCCUGGGAUGGAAAUAAUUAUGCUAUCAGUUUUUUUUUUUUUGACUCUUGAAUGUUUCUGACAUUCUGAGAUGUGUCAAGUGAAGAAUUGCCUAAAUAAAACAAACUGGUCAAA